UGAGGAGCAGAAGGGAGGGGGAGAGGAGGAGGACAAGCAGCGGGCGAGGGGAGGGAGGAGCACCGCGAGGAGGCUGCCGUGCGCUCUCUUUAGACAGGACCCAACAGCAGCGGUAGCGGGACAAUGGACCGUCUCUAACCGCGGAUUCUAACGGGCUUUCCGGCUGCCUCCAGCAAACUGGACCCGCAGGUGCAAAGUGUCCGACAGCCCAAAGAUGCAGCCCUCCUCCUCUGUGCUCUGCGGCUGUUCUCCAGGGGUCAUCUAACUCACCCAAAAACAUGAUGAAAACUGAACCAUCAGGAGGCACCGGGAACUCCGCCGGUAACAGCGGGGGAAACAGUGGAAACAUUACCCUGCGCAGUGCCUCUCCACAUCGGAAUGCUUAUGAGGCAGGGUUAGCCGCACUCAAGAAGGCCACCGAUCACCUCAACAGCACCGCCACUAAGGGAGGCAUCGACCGCGGAGCCAAACCUGCCCUUCUACCCCGCCCAAGUGAGAGGGGCCGCAAGUAUGGAUCAAACGUCCACCGCAUCAAGAACAUGUUCAUGCAGAUGCAGUCACCGGGCGAUGAGGAAGACGGGAAAGCGAUUGGUAAAGAUCAGGAUGUGAAAUUAACCUUAACCCGGACAUCUGGCCUCAGCGAGCAUGUUGAUCACAGCGCUCUUCUCAAAAUGGGCAGCACAGUGUCUGAAAGAGUCACUCGCUUUGACGGCAAAACGGAGGGAAUGGGCCCCUCCAAAUUACAAGAGACAAGACGGAUCUUUGAACAGAGAGUGCUACAGGAGAAGCAAGCAGCCACCAACCGAAUUUUGUUGAAGAAGGAACGGGCAUCUGGAUUUCAGGACAGCCGGUUGGAUGUGGUGGCUCGGUUUAAUGGCUCUACAGAGGCACUGGACCGACUGGAUGACCCGCCCGCCCCUGUGCCCACCUCCAUCCCAGCUCCUGAGGAUGUGUCGGGCCCCGGAGACGCUGUUAGUCCCACUGUUAGUCAGCUCAGUGCCGUGUUUGAGAAGAGCAAAGGACAGCUGCAGAACAACUACCUCCCUCAGCGCCGAUCAGGGCCUGCAUUAGGGCCAAAACCCAAACCUCCCCCCAAGAAUGAAGCUCUAAAGAAGGUGCUGGCACCUGGUAAAGAGGGUGCAACAGAGAAACCUACAGCAAUGACAAACCAGGAAGUGCAAGAAACAUCAUCCAGUUCUCAACUGGGCUUGGAUGGAGCUGGGGAGAGCGAAGACAAAGAUAGCACGGGGGCUCCUGAAAUUCUGGUGAACCACUGCACCCCCUCUUCUGUGCCUCCCUCUGUCACUGUGACAUCAGCCAGCUCCUCUGAGGAACACCCCGAGUCCAGGGACAAGGGCUCCAGCACAGAGCCCAUCAUCAUAGUGGAGCACUGUGAAACCAAUGGCAAUGCGGAGUCCGAUGGAGCCACUCUGGUGCAGGCCCAAGUCCAUGCCGCCUUAGAAAACGGACAGACCGAGAUCCCAGCAUCACCCGUGCACAGGGACCUGGACAGGACUGAGGAGGAGGAGGGGAGGGAGGACUACUCGGAGGGUGAUCUAGUGGACAUCAGUGCGUACAGUGGCAUAGGGGAGGACGACUCAGGGGGCAGCCAGUUAGAUGAUGAUGAUGAGGAGGAGGAAGAGGAGCCGUAUCAGCCCGAGAGCAGCAGCCAUGAGAUCCAGGGACUUCCUGAGGAGGAGGAGCCACCACCAGCCAAUCGGAAGAUCAAGUUCAGCACGCAUCCAAUCAAGGUGUUCACAACAUACUCAAACGAGGACUACGACCGACGUAACGAUGAUGUGGACCCAAUGGCAGCGUCGGCAGAGUACGAGCUGGAGAAGAGGGUGGAGAAGCUGGACUUGUUCCCCGUGGAGCUGGAGAAAGACAGUGAUGGCCUGGGCAUUAGUAUUAUUGGGAUGGGAGCAGGAGCAGAUAUGGGCCUGGAGAAACUGGGGAUCUUUGUGAAGACAGUGACAGAGGGAGGUGCAGCGCAGAGGGAUGGCAGGAUACAGGUGAAUGACCUGAUAGUGGAAGUGGAUGGGACCAGCCUGGUUGGUGUUACCCAGGCCUUUGCUGCCUCUGUUCUCCGUAACACAUCUGGAGUUGUUAAGUUUGUGAUUGGUCGGGAGAAGCCAGGGGAGCAGAGUGAAGUAGCACAGUUGAUCCAGCAGACUCUGGAGCAGGAGAGGUGGCAGAGAGAGAUGAUGGAGCAGAGAUACAAACAGUACAUGGAUGAAGACGAUGAGACAGGGGAGUAUGCCACAGAUGAAGAGGAGGAGAUGAGCCCGAUGUUUCCAAACUCCAUAGAGGUUUUUGACCUGGCAGAGCAUGAGGCCACACUGUCCCCUGUGGAGCUGGACCCAGAGAAGCUGGCGCACAAAUUCAAAGAGCUCCAGAUCAAACAUGCUGUAACCCAGGCUGAGGUCCAGUUGCUGAAGAGGAAGCUGGCUCACGCUGAGCAGGACCGGCUGCGUUGGCGGAUGGAGCGCGCUCAGUUGGAACAAAGCAUCAGGGACAGUAAAGAGCGCAUGGAGAAGCUAGAGGGCUACUGGAUGGAGGCUCAGUCUCUGUGCAAGGCUGUAGAUGAACACCUAAAGGAAACUCAAUCUCAGUAUCAAACCUUGGAGCGGAAAUACAGCAAAGCCAAAAGACUGAUCAAAGAGUAUCAGCAGAAGGAGGCUGAGUAUCUGAAGAAAGAGGCUGAUCAGCAGCAAGAGCAGGAGCAGAGCCAGGCCACUCAACAAGAGGAGACAGUCAACCUCCAGGAAAAGAUAUGUGACUUGGAGACCAAAGUGGAUGCCCUGAAGACCCCAAACUCCUCCUAGAAUUCUGCUGUCCAAAACUGAGGAAGAAUGCUGCCUUUAUUUUAGUUUGUCUGCUGCAACCAAUCCAAUAUCGAGCGGGGAAACAAACUAAAACUCUACAACACAGCUUACAGCACCCUACACUCAAUAUCCCACAAUGCAUCUCCUCCCACAAGAUCCAAAAUCAUACUUGUGUGUCUUCCUGGCAAAGUGCUUGGCAAUCAACAUGGAAUUUUGGUGUAUUUUAUUGUUGGACUUUUUCACAGCAUGUUUAGCAGGGAUCCUUCUAUGACUUUUGGCUCGUCACAAAGUGCUUUACAGAGGGACAGGCUGAAGAAGACGACUGGCCGUUGGAUUGCUGUUGCCAUACAUUUUUGUGAACUGUAGUACAAAAUGGCUACCACGUUUUUACGGACAAAUUGGGUGGCCAACCAAAUCCAGGGACUUAACUUACUUAGGUGGUCUGUAUCCAGCCUAAACUAAAGCAAUGGGAUGUGUAUUGAAAACAUGGUGGUAUGAUGUUUGUACAUAUUCUGUGUAUUUAAAGCAUUUAGGUGGGUAGGAAAGUAGGACACAACAGGAAUUCAUCUCUUGACAUAAAUGGCAAACAGGGUGUGACUUCUAUGGUGUAUAUACAAUAUGCGUUUACUAAAUGAAUUGUGUUUUUACAUAUGCAAAAAUGACCAAUACUAAAGACUACACUUAAAUACAGCAACCACGACCCCACAAACUGAUUCUGUUUUAAAAAUAGAGCAUGUCAUUGUGAUACUAAUUUAAUUUUAAGAAUGAACUACUAAAGGGUAGGCGGAACUUCGUCCUCCAGGAAUCAUGAAUUACAAAGAGUAUGUUAAUAUGGGCUUUACAAAUGAAUCACUAGAAAAUAGACAACAUUACAUUAUUGUAUAUUUUAUUGAAGUCCAUUUUGUGCAUGUAAACACACAAUUCCAGUUAGCAGAUUAGUAGAUGGUCCCAGUGGCAGUGUUAUGAAUUUAAAUAUAAAGUUAGCUCUUCAUAUCAAGAACAAAUAUGGGUAACCAACCAAAAGUUAUCCGUGUGUUCUGACUGGGUUUUCACAUAUUCUUCCACCUGUGAAAUAUUGCAGUAUGAUUUUAGAGAGGAUGGGGCAGUUUGAUUCAAAUCAUAAGUGUAGGCAUGCACACAUCACUGGUGCUAGGCUGCUAAAGUGAACAUAGAAAUUGAGACAAAGCCUGCACUCUUACUCCCAAAGUGAGUCCCUGAGUGAUUAGUAGAUCUUUCUCAGGUUAUGUAUUUUUGUGUGUCACUCCCAUAUAUACCUUCUGUCCACUGAUUUGUUAGCAAAUCCAAGAGUGAGCCACAGGAGGUGUACACACAACAACACAAUAUAAACUGUACAAUACUUAAAGUCAACCAUCACCCAGGUCAAUCAACGGUAGUUGUCAUUGUGUAAGUAAAAAUACAUCAGAAAUAUAUACAAAAUUUGAAAAAAGUGUUUUUGUUUUCCUGAUUCAAGCCACUAGGGGCCAGUGUUUUUAAGGAACAUACCGGUAUAUAAAAGCUUUCUCUUUGUAGGAGCAGCCUAUUGAUAUCUCCUCCUCUUCUUGGGAGCUUAACCUACUCUAUCCCAAUAUAUUUGAGGGAGGAGAUGGGGUGCUGCGCUUCUUUAAAAAGGGCAAGCACACGAUUUCUUAGGUCUCCAUUUCUAAUGUUGCUCCUGUGUUCAGAUAUUUGAGUCUGUAGUGCUUUAGAUGUUUUCCCCAUUUAACCAAGUGCACAAGUGGCAUUUUAAAAGGUGUAAUAGGUGCAUUUUAAUGUAAUUGUCCUCUUGAUUUUCUAGCCUUCCCUAUGGUUGGCUGUGUAUAAGUUUUACAUUUAUAAUUGAAAUUACACACAAUACAUACUUAAGGAGGCUCCAUGAACACAUUCUACAAUGAUGGCUCUGUAUUCACAGUGUACUCAUGCUUUCGUAGGAAGUUUUCAACGUCUUUUCCUUGAGCAGAAUAUUUUAAAUAGCGCCUUAGUAUAUAUUUUUAGUAUGUUUCCCUUUUUUGUUUUGAAGACAGUCUUGUGUUAUACCGUCAAAUCUGUCUCUGGCUCCUUAAAACACUGGCCCCUAGUGGCUUGAAUCAGAUAUACGACAUUAAACUCUUAUUAAUUUUGAAUAUAUUGCUGAUCCAUUUGUACUUACCCAAUGACAACUAUCACCAUUGACUGACCUCGGUAAUUACAGUGUUUAUGUAUUAUGUCAGUUUAUAUUGUGUUGUUGUGUGUACACCUCCUGUGAUUUACUCUCAGAUUUGCCAACCAAUUAGUGGACAGAAUGAUAUAUAUGGGAGUGGCACACAAAGAAAACCAUGACCUGAUCUACUGACCAAAACAUUCACUCAUUAAAUCCAGUUUGUGAGUAAGUGUGCAGGCUUUCUCUCCAUUAGUUUGAUUCAAAUCUCAUUAUUUGCAUGUGAUGCUGAGUAGAGCAGUGCACUGAAAUGUAGAACUAGAACAUGUGUUAUGUAUCUCCACAAGAUUUAUCAUCCAAAAGUAUUUUUGUUUUUCUGGAAAAGGCUUGCUGGCCAAGCUCUGAUUUGACUUUUGUAGUUUCCACUGAAAACAUGUCCAAUCAUUAAAACUGAUUUAAAGGUGCUGUGUGUAGCUCUGUGAUCUGGUGACAGCUUUACAGAUUACAAUUACCUAACAUAACUACUGAAUUAUUUUUGAUUUAUCAUUUUGAACAGAUUAGCAGUUGUACAACAUAAAAAUUAAACAUUAAUAUGAAUAAUUACCAAUCUAACCACUAACACACUGCACCUAUGAACUGAUGGAUUAUUUUAGAGACUUUUGACUGAGUUUGUAAUUGAGCUCUGAUACUCACAAUGUUUCUCUUGUAAUUUCCUUCAACCUUGUAUAUAAGUCUUUAUUACUAACUAAAUAUGUGGCCAUAACAGUGUGAUAAACAGUAUUUGAUUUUCAAUCGUAUGCAUUGAGCUCAAGUUAAAAAUGUGUUUUGCCUAAAAAGCCUUUACAUCAACUCCAUUCCAUUCAUCUCUGACUAUCACUUACAAUUUAAUAAUAUAUCAAGAGUAAAAAUAAAACGUUUGUAGGGUUUUAUUGAUUUGUACUGGUCAAAGAAUGUAACCAAUUUAAAAAGGUAGCUUAACCAGUCAUAUGUAUUUAUAUUUAUUUAAUAUUGACACUGACCAUAAGUAUUAACAUUGGGAUGAUUUUUGUUUUAAAUAGAAGAAAAUAUUACUUAAAAUGUUCAGAAUGGUGACGUUUCUUGUAGGAGGGGACAACAAUGAGCCAUAAUGCAGACUUACAUUCACAUUAAAAGGCUGUAUAAUUGUCAUUUGGCACACUUUCCCGUGUAAUGCCUUGUCUCUACUUGCUCUACUUGUUUAGCCACUCUGAGGGAUUGUAGCACUGACUGUAGAUGGAUUAUGCCUUUCAAACCCCCCCAAUAAGCCAUUGCAUUGUGGAAAGUUGUUCAAUAUUACAUUUUUUGUCACUUCCUUAUGCUUUAAAUAGUUCUUACUCUAAAAUGUGCAGUUAUUUGAAUGAAUUGUUGGUAUUGACACUCUUUGGGCAGGUGAAUGGGUCUAGUGCCUUGUCUUGGUAAUAGUAAUAAAAUCAAGUGAGAAUUUGGUUUUUGUAUGUGUUGAACCAUAUCUUAAAUCACACAUGCUGGCCACAUUAAUUAGGUAUGUGUUCUAAUGCACUUAUUGUGAAUGAGAUGUUUGACUCGAAUUGCAUUAAAUACAGUGUAUCUAAUAAAGUGGCUGGUUAGUGUAACAGCAGAGCGACUGAGAUAAUGUACCCUAUGUCAUAGACAGGACAAUCUUUUUCAAAACUCCAUGUCCUCCUGCUGAUGCCACCAUGUUUGUCUCAACAAAUGUGUCAGAAUUAAUAAAGAAAUGAAUGAAA